CCUCACCAGCCAAUCGCGUCUGAGCCACGGGACCGCCCGGAACAAAGAUGGCCGGAGCGGCCUCGGUGAGGGCACACUGAUCCAAACGCCAGGCGCACCCGCCGCCAGGACAGCAAAGGCAGAGUGGCAACCGCGCGGUCGGGAGCAUGGAGGAGGGCAGCAGCGGCGGCAGUGGUGGCAGCGACAGCAACGCCGGCGGGAGUGGCGGGGCCCAGCAGAGAGAACUGGAACGCAUGGCUGAAGUCCUAGUUACGGGAGAGCAGCUCCGGCUGCGGCUCCAUGAAGAAAAGGUUAUUAAAGAUAGACGGCACCAUCUCAAAACCUACCCAAACUGCUUUGUUGCAAAAGAACUCAUCGACUGGCUCAUUGAGCACAAGGAGGCCUCUGACCGAGAGACGGCGAUAAAACUCAUGCAGAAAUUAGCUGACCGGGGCAUCAUUCAUCACGUGUGUGAUGAGCACAAGGAGUUCAAGGACGUAAAGCUCUUCUACCGCUUUAGGAAGGACGAUGGGACCUUCCCACUGGACAACGAGGUGAAGGCCUUCAUGAGAGGGCAGAGGCUGUAUGAAAAACUGAUGAGUCCUGAAACUACACUCCUCCAGCCUAGGGAAGAGGAGGGGGUGAAGUAUGAGCGAACCUUCAUGGCAUCCGAAUUCCUGGACUGGCUGGUUCAGGAAGGAGAAGCCACAACAAGGAAAGAGGCAGAGCAGCUUUGCCACCGGCUCAUGGAGCACGGCAUCAUACAGCAUGUGUCUAACAAGCACCCAUUUGUGGACAGCAACCUCCUCUACCAGUUCAGAAUGAACUUCCGUCGGAGGCGAAGACUGAUGGAGCUGCUCAAUGAGAAGUCCCCGUCCUCUCAGGAGACACAUGACAGUCCCUUCUGUCUGAGGAAGCAGAGCCACGACAAUCGGAAAUCUACCAGCUUUAUGUCAGUCAGUCCCAGCAAGGAGAUCAAGAUUGUGUCUGCCGUGCGGAGGAGCAGCAUGAGCAGCUGUGGCAGCAGUGGCUACUUCAGCAGCAGCCCGACGCUCAGCAGCAGCCCCCCUGUGCUCUGCAACCCCAAAUCUGUGCUGAAGAGACCUGUCACUUCUGAAGAACUCUUGACCCCUGGGGCUCCAUAUGCAAGGAAGACAUUCACGAUUGUUGGUGACGCAGUUGGCUGGGGCUUUGUGGUUCGAGGAAGUAAACCAUGCCACAUCCAGGCUGUGGACCCCAGUGGACCUGCAGCUGCUGCAGGGAUGAAGGUCUGUCAGUUUGUCGUCUCGGUGAACGGCCUCAACGUGCUGAAUGUAGACUACCGCACCGUGAGCAACCUGAUUCUGACAGGCCCGAGGACGAUUGUCAUGGAAGUCAUGGAGGAGUUAGAAUGCUGAGCAAGAGGACACCCCCGCUUGUACCCUGUCCCAGAACAACACAACAGUGGCGGGGCAAGACUGUCAGGCAAAUGGACAAUUGGGAUAUUACAGAUCUUUUUCUCUGACUGUACACACCUUGACUUUCAUACGCUGUUUGAAUGCGGAAGAACCGGGUAACACAUCUUUAAAAACCAAAACACAGCAAGGCAAGGUGGCUCAAGUCUAUAAUCCCAGCAUUCAGGAAGGCAAGGCAGAAAUACUGCAAGUUCAAGGCCAGCAUCAGCUAACAGUGUGAAUGCCUGUCUCAAAACUACACAAGCGCAUACACAUCACACGCACACAUGUACGCACACGUGCACACACACCACACCACACCACACCACACCACACACACACGUACACUACACAGACGCACACGUGCACACACAGGCCAGUGUAGACAACAGUGUAGGACAGUAGAGGACAAUGGGGUGGAAUUGCCUUAUUAGAGGCCUAGUUUAUAGUUCUCAGUCAUUGCUUCUCAUGUUUGCAGGAAGUUGUUGUAAAACCAACUUAGCAACACGGAAAAAUGCCAGUUUUAGGAGUUCAUGGAAUAGUUACUACAGGGUUUACGUCAUGUCUACUGUGUUUGUGUAGCAGAAAUAAGGAACGAGCAUCCGCUAUCUGGGCUACUUAAGCUACUGAGGCAGGAAGGUGAUCACUUGAGUGCUGGUGGUGAUGUCAGCCUGGGCAACACAGUGACAUCCCACAUUAAUUAAAAAAAAAAAGGUUUUAGCAAAAUUAGCCUGAGUCUGUUAGGUAGAUCUAGAUUUCACCUAGCUUAAAAUGAAAGCUGCAUCCCCAGAAAUGUGACCAGCUGACACCAAUUUCCAAGAAGGUCCUUCCGCAUUCAACAGCUUAGAAGCCAUCAUCACAAAGUAGCUUUCUUCCCCUCUUUUAAGUUUUGGAUUUUUGUUGUUGUGUUGUGUUGUGUCUGCCUUAUCAGCUGCUUUCAGCUCAACCUGUUUCAGUUGUGGCAUGAGGUGAAAGAUAAAACAGACCACUGUGCUGUGGGUGGCGGGAAUAGACAAGGGACACCACCAGCAACCGCCUGCCUCUCUUUGCUUUCCCUGGGCCUGCGUGGUUUUGCCUUAUGGGUCAGCUCCAGCUGCUUUCUGGUGUUCAUUUAGAACAUACCGGUUGUGGAAGCAAAGAGGUCUGUCCAUACCGUGUAAGACUCAAAGUCAAGCCUCUGGCAAGACUGCACUUUAAGGGACUUGGCCUCUGUGUGACAAAACUUGAAACUCCAAAUGCCGUCUUAGCCUGGAGUUUUACAAGCCUUCUCUCGGCACGGGCUGUGCUGCUCCUUUAGGGAACUGCUGGCCACUGCAAAGCUCCAUCUUGGUUUAGAUUGCUUCGCCUUACUUACGCAUGUUUCUUUGAUCUAGAAGAGACUUCCUUUGAACCAGAUAAGGGAGUGUGUUUCUGUAAUCCCACACCAGGAAGUGGAGGCAGAAAGAUCAUGUGUUCAAAAAAGACCUGAGACAGGAGGCCCUGUGUCAAAACAAACAUACAAACAACGAAAAUGGUCAAGGGAGUGCAUUUGGGGUAUUGGUAUGUAGAGGAUAUUCCUCAAAGUGCCAAACGAGAGCCAUUUUACCUAAUGCAUUUUGAACAGAGAAUCUACUUUCUUAUUAGGCAUUAACAAAAUAAUAGUAUUAUGCCUGGGUGAUUUCUUAAUGAGAUGCAGUCAUUCAGUAUUGGUGUUAGUGGAAUGGAUUUUAUUAGUAUAUUAAUCUAACUUUUCUAACUUUAGUAAGAAAAGUGUAGGAUUUUGAAGUGCCAUGGGACAGCCGACAUUGAUGUUGUCAGUCUUUGUUUGAGAGAGAUUCUCUCCAUGUCUGUUUAUCCUGUGAGUGAGGCUCUGUGCUGUAGCAUUUAUUGAGGGUAUUCUCCCUCACUCCUCCAUUUACCCUUUUAAGUUAGACAUUGUUGCCUUCAUGUUUCAGGUAGGGAGACUAGGUCUGAGCAAAUGCAAUGUUCUUCAGGUUGAAGCACCUGCUGGAACUACCAUGUACCAUACAGCCCAUUUCUCCAGUGCUCAAACCCCUUGCCUAUCUGCCCAGACUUCCUUUUCAGAGGCCUUAUGUUCAGUCUUUGCUCCAGGCUGUGCUAAAACCUUAUGGUUAUUUUGUUGUUGUUCUUGUUUUAUUGGCUGGAGAGGUCAGGACCAUCAUCAUCCAUUUUAUAGAUGAUCAACCAAUCAUAAAUCGGUUGGUUCAUCACAUGCUCAAAACAGCCCAGGUACUAAGCAGGAGGCCUUGCCACAUGGCUUUAAUUUCCAUCUGUUUUGAUUGUUGAUUUGUUUUGAGACAAGGUCAAGCUCUUGAUCCUGCACUUCCUAUGUGGGAUCACAGGCACACAGACCCAUACUCGGUAUGAUAACACCUUAGAAGAUGAAUCUCGGUUGUUCUCUGUCUUUGGUAUUCCUUGGCUGACAAGAAAGCAAGAAUGCCCAUGGGGCACGACAUCCUUCUUGCUGCUCACCUCCAAAUGCCCUUUGCCUUGAACCCUGAAUCCUAUCAUUUCCCUGUAGCCAAACUCAACACCACAGGAGCCCCUCUCUGUCAGGGAGGGAGGGACGAACAGUUCAGCUGUUUUCUUAUUUGGUUCUUCUCAUUCCCAGUUUAAAGUCCAAGUGCCGGAGGGGGAAACUUUUUAUAAGACAGGGUGUUGGUCAUAGUGCAUGCCUUUAAUCCCAGCACUCUGGAGGCAGAGUCAAGCACAGGUAGAUCUCUAUGAGUUUGAGGCCAGACUGGUCUACAGAGUGAGUUCCAGGACAUCCAGGGCUACACAGAGAAACCCUAUCUCAAAAGCACAAAAAGAAAAAGAAAAAAGAAAAAAAAAUGUAGCGUGGGCUGUGCUCAAACUAAUACUCCUGCCUCAAG